AUGUUAGCGCCGCCACAAGAGGAAUGUUUUGCAAAUAUUGUCCAAGAUUUCUUAAUAUGCACCACCGUGCAUAAGGCCAGACAAUUAGGCGUGUUUCAGGGCGAGACACUGGUGCGCAUCACAUUGGACAAAAGUCAUAGGCAAACGAAAAGUUACUCGAAUUCGGAAAAUCCCUAUUUUAAUGAGUACUUCGUUUUUGAAAUACAUUCAACUUUAAUGGAACUUUUGCGUUUAACAAUUUUAUACGAGGUGAAGAAGCGAACAACUUGUAAAAAGAAUCCAACAUUGGGAGAAUUGCUUAUUGAUAUGCAAAGUGUUUGGAGUCAACCGAAUCGAUGUUACUUUAAAAAAUGGGGACGACUUGAAGUACCUAUUGGUCAAGAUACCAGCACAGAUACUAUGUCAGGCCGUGGUUUCAUACAAAUUGAUUUGGCAAUAGUAUCGCAAGCCAGUAAUCCGAAUAAUUUAUUGCGGCCAUAUGAAGAAGAUAUCAUGUCAAUGAAUAAAUGGCAAAUAAAUCAGGAUUAUGACGAUAUACAAAAAAAUCUUCUACAAAGUAUUGAUAGCAGCGUUCAUUGCAAUAUACGUUAUAGUGUGAUAUUUUAUCGCGGCCAGAUGGCAAAAAAGACAGAUUAUUUAUUACAAGUAUCAUUUGCUGGCUUUCAUGGUAAGACAAAUGUCGCCAAAGCUACACAACAGCCAAUCUGGAAUCAACAGAUAAGCUUCGCAUGGACAUAUCCAUCGUUGGCGCAGACAUUCCUUGUCCAAUUGUUAGUGUACGAACAUUUGCAAUGGAAAUGUGCAGCCGAAUAUGAAUUACAUUUCGAUGAAAUCGCCUUUAAGGAUAAACCCGCGAUGGGACCUACUUAUAUACACUUAUAUGAUAAUUUGAGCGGUUCCCAUUACGUAGGACGUAUUCUAAUGGAAAUACGUUCCGAAUGUUUAGAUGCCGAUCCGGUUAGAGAAAUACGCAUAACCAGCGUACCGCAGCUGGAUGAAAAGCGUUAUUGGGUUGAAGAACAUUUUCUCGUCGAGUUUUUAGCUUUGCAAGGCGAUUUUUUGCAUGCUUGCAAUACGAGUAGUUGCAAAAUAUCCAUAAAACUGGCUGAACGUCAAUCGAAUUUUAUCGAAUGUUAUCUGAAAUCGUAUGAAUUUAAAAAGAAUCAAAAUCUUUCCUUCAAUUUGAAAUGUUUCCGCAACGAGACGCCAUAUAAAGCAAUAACAUUACGCGCAUAUCUACCAGAUAAUCGAAUUAAAUAUACGAGCGACGUAUUCCUUCAAGAAUUGGUCGAGUUUGUUAAGUAUGAAAUUGAAGCAUUCAAGAUGUUCCAGGUGCAAUACGCAUUGCAAUAUCAAUCGCAAGUGAAGGUGCUACGUGCCAUUAUUAUGACUAUAAUUAAUCGCAUUAAAGUAGCUAACGAGAACAAAUGUUUCGAACAUACAGGUUUCCGAGAGCCUACCACUUGGGAUAUUAAUCGUUUAAUAUUUUUAAAGGAUUAUUUCAAUAAAUUCCCCGAUGACUUGAGAAAUUUACGCGGCCGACUUAAACCUUCAAAGGAUACAUACAUUGAUCUCGUUAUAGAAGAUGUCCUGCAUGAAUUGGCCGUACAAGCCUAUCAUCUGCAAAAUCUAUUGACAAUCACACGAAUUCAAGAUGAAUGGCCAGAUUUGCUUUUAAUAAUGACAGCGGGCAUAAAAGAGACUGGAAUUUGUCGUUUGAAUGCUAAGAAUUUUCUUCAUCCGCCCAAAGGCAAUGAUCAAAGCCCCAACAGUCAAUGCUGGAAGGUGCGAAAUUUCAUUUUCAAGGAUACACAAUGUCAACAUACUUGUGCUUACUGUGGUUGCGUUGUGGGCAUUGUCCAGGGUUGUUUGAGCAUUGUUGGUGAAACGGAACGGGCUGAUUUUUUUGCAAGCGUUUCGCAGGAUUGGAAACGUCCUGAACCGUUUUACUGGAAUCCCACUGUGUAUUAUACAUAUUUUAAAUGCCGCAUAUUCAUACAUCAAGCUAAAGUGCGGCCGGGCGGUGAUCGUACGGGCCUCUGUGAUCCAUACAUACGCGUCAUGAUAUGUAUGAACUCAGCUGAGACGGCUGUAAUUUAUGAGACACUUUCGCCCAUUUGGAAUUCAGUAAUUAGUUUUGAUAAUAUUUUAAUGCCGGGCUGUUUACAAUGGUAUGCACAUAAUCCGCCUCUUGUGGCGAUUGAAUUGUAUGAUACAGAUAAAAAGACAAGCGAUGACUAUUUGGGUUGCGGUUAUUUACCCGUUUCUGUUAUAUCCAGCGAUUGGGCUGAUUCGAAUACGCGUGAAGAAGGCGAUACGAAUCCUUGCGUUCGAGCCACUGAUUUUGGAAAGAUUGUUCAUCAUAAGCCAGCUUUACAAAAAUUUCAGUAUAUGAGAUUGUUAUCGCCACCCCCAUUAAAAUGGGUUCCAGUAUCGGUAAGCGGUGGCACACGAGCCGAAGUUUUAAUGUCUGGCGAAUUGGUGGAAUUGCAAAAUCAACGUGAUAUGCCAACAACAAUCGAAUCUUGCGUUACUAUCGGUAUACCCACACCCAUAAGACCGAUCAUGAAAAAUUUCGUUUUGGAGGUUGUUUUUGCCGGCUUUCGCAAUUAUCGGAAAGGAUCCGCCAACACUGCCAGCCGCCAUCGUGUUAAAGUAAUGAUGGCUGAUCUAAUGUUAAGCAGCGGUUUAUCCAUGAGUCGUAUUAAACAAAGUAUUAAUUUUCUUGUGCUACAUUCGUCUGGUGUAGUGAGUCUACCCGAUCAAUUGGAAUAUUGGCCGGCAAUAAUAGGAACCGAUGUGAGUGUAAGUUCGCGUGGUGCUGAAACUACACUUGGCGCGGUUAUAAUAUCAGACUCUAAACGCUUUCUGCAACGUUUUAAGGAAAUAAAGUGCGAAAAAAAUGGUGAAGGCGAUGGAGAAACGAGUAUUGCUUCCACUACAGUACAAAUGGGUGAUGACGAAACUUCGGAAACUGCCCCUUUAAUAAAUAGCCGUAGACAAAAGCUAUCACCUUGGAAACGUAUAAAGAGCUUAACGUUUUUUAAACGCUUGCAACCGAAAGGGGAAGAAGCCUUUAAUAUGGAAGAAGUUUUAAAUGAAAAUAGUUAUAAUUGGUGGACGAAAUUCUAUAACUCUGGCAUUGUUGAACAUUGUGGAGCUCUCUCCACCUACAAGCACCGUUUGUGUGUUUAUCAAAAUGAACUGGAGAAGCAAUCUGAAUUUAGUUAUAUGAUUGAUUGGGCUGAGCCGUUGCUUAUGGUUCAUGGAGUCAAAUAUAAAAAGAAUGCUAUGCCUAAGGAAGAGGUUUACGCUACAUUGAAACUAAACAUUAAAAUAACUCCGUGUCAAUGCGGGCAAAUGGACGGUGGCGACGGAUCGAUGCUUAAGCCACUGGCUACCGUUUUGAAUCCAAGAUAUCAAGCUCAAAUACAAGCGUUAGCUGAAUUAGUAAAGGUCAUCGUACGCGUUUACAUUGUACAAGGUAUACAAUUUCGUCCGAGAGAGAAAUCAGCUCAAGCCGAUUCUUAUGUUAAAAUACAAUUUGGUCAAAGGCAGAUCACGAAUAGAGCUCAUUACGUGCCAAACGAAAGCAAUCCAAUAUUUGGCAAAUGCUUUCAGUUAGAAGGUCUACUUCCAAGGGAACACAUCUUGGAAAUAUCAGUAUUCAAUCGGAAUAACAUACGUGACGAAGCUAUAGGUUCGACUUUCAUCGAUCUGGAAGAUAGAUGGCGAACCAAACAUCGCGGCACGGUCGGCAUAGCCAAUGAGUAUUCCAGCUUCGGUUAUAAUAAGUGGCGCGAUUUUGCUAAGCCUUCGGAAAUUUUAAAUGAACUCUGCUUGAAACAUAGUGUCAAUCCUCCAAGAAUUGUUGGAAACAUUAUUGAAAUCGACGGUGUACAACUAGAAGAUGAUACAUGCAUAAGCCGUAAAGAGGAUUUAAUUGAACGCUUAAGUCUGACAGCUUUGAAGAACUUGGAAAAACUACCAUCGUUUGGCUAUAAAUUGGUGCCUGAGCAUGUGGAGACACGAUCCUUAUAUUGUUACGAUUGUCCUGGAAUAGAGCAGGGUAAAAUACAACUUUGGGUUGAAUUAUUUGACGCUAAUUUGAAUAUUCCCGCACCCAUUGAUUUUACACCACAACCCCCCUUAAUAUAUGAAUUACGAGUUAUUGUCUAUCAAUGCACGGAUGUAAUACUUGAUGAUAAAAAUAUAUUUGGUAAAGCAAUGAGUGAUAUAUUCGUUAAGGGUUGGUGUAGUAACACGGAUGAGUAUCAGAGCACAGAUGUUCAUUAUCGUUCAAUGAAUGGUGAGGGAAAAUUUAAUUGGCGCAUGAUAUUCCCUUUGAAAUAUUCAAUAGUCGAAGACAUGAUAGUAAUAAAACGGAGAACCGGUAUACUGGAAGAGUUUGAAAUUAAACAGCCACCGAAAUUAUUUAUUCAUAUUUUCGAUAAGGACUUAAUAUCUGAUGAUGAUUUUCUUGGUGCAUUGGAAAUUAAUUUAUCCCAUUUCCCUGAACCAUAUGCUUCAUCGAAGACAUGCGUUCUGAGUGAAGAAGAUUAUGGCAAGCGUAGCUUAUUUCAAAAGAAUAAAACAAAUGAAGAUCAACGCAAGCUAUUAAAUUUAUUUCGUCAGAAAAAAAUUAGAGGUUGGUUUCCAAUGAAGGGACACGAACCUGAACCGACCGAAAUAUCAGCUCAACGUCUUAAAACGGGCAAGAUGACCGGAAAAAUUGAAUUAGAAUUAGAAAUAGCAACCGAAGCGGAGGCAGCCAGUUAUCCAGUCGGUUUGGGACGCAGUCCUCCUCAUGCCCUGCCCGAGCCAACACGACCAGAAACUUCAUUCAAUCCGCUCUUACAUCCCUGGAAGACUUUUCAAAUGAUUAUAUUUCCAAACUUUCGUAAAUAUAUAAUAAUCGGUGUUAUUGCGCUCAUCGCUAUUUAUGCAAUUGUUAUGUUUAUAAUGAAACUGCCAUUCAUUUUAAUUGGUUUGGGAUUAUGA